AUGGGUGACUGUGGCUGCGCUUCCUCUGGCUCCUGCAACUGCGGCUCUGGCUGCACUUGCUCCAACUGCCCCCCAAGCAAGCCAAAGUCGCUGGCGAGUCAUGCUAGAGAUGACCCCCAAAGUCGGAUCGCUCUCGCCCACGAUGUUCACGCGCGCUCGCCCGUGACCAUCUGGCUAGUCGUCGGGAAAGAAGGCCAGCACCGGGCUGUAGGCCAGCGCGUGUGCCAGCCCGUCGGCCCGGACGUGGCCCUUUUCCAGCUCCAGCUCUAUCUCCAACUCCUGCUCCCACUCCUCUUGUUCAAUCGGUCGGUACUCGGUCGGCGGCCUGUUGACGCAGCACAGGCACACCAGCUCAAACAGCAGACGGCCGGCGUACAGGGCGACGGCGGUGGCGGCCACGACGAUUCCCCGCAGCCGCCAGCACGUCACGACGACGCCGUCGGUGGCGACGACAACGCUACCGCCGGUGCUGAGAUUCCGCGCCGUCGCGCGCGCGCGUGUCAGCUGCGCCAGCCCGAGGACCCAGAGGCCCGUCAUGAGCACGUCGUAGAGGAGGCCGACGGUCCGAGGAAAAUACCGCAGAUGCAUCAGCGCGAGGCGGGCGAGGAGCACGACGCUCGAGAGGAUGGCAAGUGCCAGGCCGGAGCUGACGAGGCUGUUGCACCAAAAAGAUUAGCCAAAAAAAAGGAAGUCGGCGGUGUGCCAGGUUGGCCGAUGUACCUCGUGGCUUCGUCGCCGUCCUGCUCGGCGCAGGGCCCGCCCACGGUGCAUUGGAGCGACUGUAGACGGCCCGCGGUCACGGCCGCGUGGGCGAAGUGA